CAUACACACACACACGUGUGCACAUAUACAUUACUUGAGCGGAUAGCUCUCUCUCUCUUGCGCACACAUCUCUUCUUUCUAUCUCCAGUAACAGUCAACACGCGUCUGUGAGCACCUACAGGCACAGAAAUGGCAACGGAAAAUUUAGAUAAGCAGAAAACUAUCGAUCUCCGAAAGAAACAUGUUGGUCCGUCCUGCAAAGUGUUCUUCAGUCAUGACCCUAUCAAAAUUGUGAGAGCAAGAGGACAGUACAUGUACAACGAAAAAGAUGAGAAAUACCUGGAUUGCAUAAAUAACGUUGCACAUGUGGGUCAUUGCCAUCCAGAUGUGGUUGAAGCAGGAGCAAAGCAAAUGGAGCUUCUCAACACCAACUCUCGCUUCCUACAUGACAAUCUGGUCCUGUAUGCUCAACGUCUCCAAGCCACUCUUCCUGAAAAGCUCUCUGUGUGCUACUUUGUCAACUCAGGGUCUGAGGCAAAUGAUCUGGCCCUGAGGUUGGCCUGGCAGUACACCGGCCACAAAGACAUCAUCACACUAGAGAAUGCCUACCAUGGUCAUGUGUCAUCGCUCAUUGAUAUCAGUCCAUAUAAGUUUCAGCAGAUGGCUUGUGCAGAGCCAAGCCAACAUGUGCACGUGGCUCUCAGUCCAGACAUUUAUAGAGGCAAAUACUGUGAGGACCACCCUGACCCUGCCACUGCCUAUGCUGAAAAUGUCAAAGAUAUAAUCGAGCAGGCCCAUAAAAAGGGACGUAAGAUUGCCGCUUUUAUCGCUGAGUCACUGCAGAGUUGCGGAGGGCAGGUCAUUCCUCCAGUGGGCUACUUCCAGAAAGUGGCACAGCAUGUGAGAAAUGCAGGAGGCAUUUUCAUUGCUGAUGAGGUCCAGGUGGGCUUUGGCAGGGUGGGCACCCACUUCUGGGGCUUCCAGAUACAGGGAGAAGAUUUUGUACCAGAUAUUGUUACAAUGGGCAAACCUAUUGGAAAUGGCCAUCCAAUGUCAUGUGUGAUCACCACCAGAGAGGUUGCCGAAAGCUUCAUGUCAUCUGGAAUGGAGUACUUCAACACAUUUGGCGGUAACCCAGUAUCAUGUGCUAUUGGACUGGCAGUGCUGGAUGUAAUUGAGAAGGAAGAUCUCCAAGGCAAUGCCCUGCACAUCGGAGGUUACCUGACUCGGCUUUUGUAUGAUCUGAAGAAAAGACACCUUUUAGUGGGUGACGUGAGGGGCCGUGGCCUGUUUAUUGGGUUGGACCUGGUAAGAAACCGGGAUAAGAGGACACCUGCCACAGCUGAAGCUCAGGAUGUUAUUUACAGACUAAAAGAGCAGCGGAUACUGCUCAGUGCUGAUGGCCCACACCGCAACGUUCUGAAGUUCAAGCCUCCCAUGUGCUUCUCCAGAGAGGAUGCUGAACUCGUCGUGGAGAAGAUUGACCAAAUUCUGACAGACUUAGAAAAGACUUUGGGCCUCCAAAUGUCUGAAGCAGUAAUCUCAGAGAAUGGACACACUAAGAGAAAGGAACCCAGUGAUGAAAAUGGCCUCGUUCAUCCUUCAAUUGGCAGCAGCCACAAGAACACCGGCACACUACCUCAUGACAAAAAAACCAAGAAGAGACUAAAAACCUAAUGAAACAUCAGGGGACAAACUAACUGUUUUUAAUUACAGACUAUUUAAUUAUAUUUGUAACCUUUUUCCAUGUUUUAAUGGAUCUAAAAAUACACUCUAUAAGGAUUGUUUUGCCAUAUACUGUAUUUUAAUGGUGCCAGUCAGAACUGUAUCAGUGUUUUUGAUUUAUGAGUUUUGAAAAAUUACCUCUCAGUAAAAUAAAACUAUCCAAUAUUAUCAUUAACCCUUAAUCAGUCCCUGGGGUCCAGCUGACCCCAUUUGAAUUUUCCUUUAUUUUUUAAAAGUGUUCCCUUCAUUUCAGGGGCAUGAAAUUCUGUGACUUUUCCUAAAUUAUCUAUCUAAACACACA